GGUAUAUGGAUUGGAGUAUCUGAUAGAGGGCUUGGUAGGUAUUUAUCUUCUGUUCUUAAACCACCUGAAUAUCCUUCUCAUUUUUCCUCCUCAAUUGCCUUUCUACUAUCAACUCCUUUCUUUCUAGACAUUUCCCGUACCUCUAAGCCACCAUGAGAAUUUCAAGCUCCCUUGCAGCGGCUACGGCCCUCAGUGCCGCCUCUGCCCACACCAUCAUGACCCAGCUGAUUGCCAAUGGCGUCGAGAAUGGUGUCGGUGUCGGCAUCCGUGUUCCUACAUAUGACGGGCCCAUCACGGACGUUGCAUCCGAAUAUGUGGCGUGCAACGGCGGCCCAAACCCAACGACACCCUCGUCGACCGUUAUCGAUGUAACGGCUGGCUCGACAGUCCAGGUGUACUGGCGCCACACUUUGGAUUCUGAUUCCACCGAUGUUAUCGAUGCAUCGCACAAGGGUCCCGUCAUGGCCUACAUGAAGAAGGUGACCGAUGCUGCAACUGACACCGGUGUCGGUGGAGGCUGGUUCAAGAUCUCCGAGGACGGUUAUGAUUCGGCUACAGACACGUGGGCGGUCACGAAGCUAAUUGCUGCUGGUGGUACUCAGACCAUUGAUAUCCCGGCGUGUAUUGAGGAUGGACAAUAUUUGCUCCGUGGCGAGUUGAUCGCCCUGCACAGUGCAUCGUCGGCAUCAGGUGCACAGUUCUACAUGGAGUGUGCCCAGAUCAACGUCACGGGUGGCAGCGGUGCUUCAACUCCAGAGACAGUUGCCCUCCCAGGUGCUUAUUCGGCUACUGAUCCUGGCAUUCUCAUCAAUAUUUACCAGAGCCCAAUGCCGGCGUACACCAUUCCUGGCCCUUCCGUAUUCACCUGCUAAAUAGUCUUUUGGGAGGUUUGGAUGGUUCUGGUUAAUAGCAGAUUAGAUCAACUAGGGACAGGAUUAUGAGAGGGAUAUGAUGGAUAUAUGAUGGGUACAUGGGGAUAUAGAGCAUGGGC